AAUAUUACUUACAUCUUCUAUUAAAAUUGUGUAUUAAAAAUGCAAGUAGAAGAAAAAUACCAAAAUUUCGAUACAACAAAAGUAGUUUGUACGAGCAAAGAACUACCAUGCAGUCUUCAAACGUCGUUAGAAAAAAUUGCACAGAAAGAAGGUUAUCUAAAAUACAAAUUACUAAGUCGCUCGAUUUCUACGGAGGGAGGAAACUAUUUGGCUUCGUUAUACGAAGUAGAUAUUAAAGGGAGAACUACAACAGGAGAGAAGGAAACAAAUAUUUUUAUAAAGCAUUCAAUUCCUGAAUUCAAUUUAGCUGAUGUAUCAGAAAUAUAUUGUAGAGAAUUGUUCUUUUAUAAUGAAGUGAGCAAAGUGUUUACUAGUCUCGAAGAUGAGGCGAAAAUACCAGCAGAGGAAAGAUACAAAUCGGCUAAAUCUUAUUACGAAAGUAACUCAGAAGCGAUAAUACUACAAAAUCUAUCAAAAGACGGUUUCACGACCGUUUUUAGAAUGAACGUAAUGCCGCUAAAGUUCGCAGAAUUAUCAAUACAACAGCUGGCAAAAUUUCAUAGCUUAGGGUUAGUUAUGGAACGGAAAAGACCAGAAUUUUUCGAAAAGAAAAUUAAACAUUUGAAACAAAUUAUAAAAUUUGAGGAGAAAAAUUUGGAAUUCUGCAAAAAAAUGUUCGGCACAUCAGUAGCAAUAUUAGAGAAUGAAACACGGAAGAAAUUAGAAGAACAAUAUCCUGAACUCUUGGAUAAAUAUAUGAAAUGUUUGAAUGGCGACGGAACGAAGUUCAAGAACCUGUGCCACGGUGAUUACAGAAUGAAUAACAUAUUAAUGAAAAUGAAGGAAGGUGAAAUAACAGAAGUCGUUCCUGUCGACUACCAAAUAAUACUGUACGGGUCUCCGAUCAUUGAUUUCUUGUACUUCAUCUUCGGAGCCACAGACAGGGAGUUCCGAAAAAAUCAUAUGGACCACUUAAAGGACCUGUACCAUAAUACUAUGAAGAAUUACCUCAGUUACUUUGAUAUGGAUGUUAACGAAAUAUAUCCAAGGAAAACAUUUGAAGAUAAUUUUAACGAAUGUUUCGAUUUCGGAUUGUUGACUUUGUUAUUUUUGGGACCUUUCUUCUUUGCGGAUGAAAAUGAAGUACCCGAUUUAAGUAAAGACGAUCUUUCAAAACAAUCUGUAAGCGUGGAUCUUAAAUUCAAAGAUAGAUUACAAGAAGUCGUAGAGGAAAUGAUUGAGAAUGGUAGAUUAUAAUAAACAGUACAUG